AUGCGGUGCAACCGUUUUGACGAAAGGGGUCUUUUCACAACUGGAUCAUUCUGGGUGCAAUCUGGGCCUCUGCUUCCUCGCUCGCUCAAACUGCCGUCAGACAGUGAAGUGUCUCUCCGGGAUUGCGCGAUCUUGGAUUUAGGCCAAUCACAGACCGUCAUGGUUUGUCGAUCAAAUGAAAAUGGUCCGAAAAUUCGGCCCAAGCUCGUGGAGCGUCGCGGGUGUUCGACUCGCGUUCUACCUUGCCUGCGCCGAUCAGUCGCUCGAGUCACGGAGAACGCGGCAACGAUGGGAGUAGAUAUGGGUCGCGGCAUCGCGGUCAUCGACCUCGUGCUGCACAUGUACAGGAGGUCGCCGACGCGGAGGAAGCUGGCGGAGCUGUGGGCAAAGUACACGGAGGACUCCGCCGACGAGCGCAAGUGGAAAGGAUUCGAGCUCGUCCGCGUGCACCACCAGACGCUGACCCGCAUGUUCUGCGACGAUCCCGACGGGGAGUUCCUCGACAUCGACGACAUUAGAUGCGUCUGGGAGGAGUUCGUCGACGCCCUUCGCGACUCCUCCGCCAAGGCGGGCGACCCGCGGCCGAAGGCGACCUCGAUGAGCUACGCAGACGUCGAGCAGCCCGCCAUGCAGCGGUCGCCGAGUUUCGCCAGGCUCGUGGAGAAUCUAAGCUCCGAGGCCUCGGGGGCCUCCACUCCGGGCACCCCCGCGAUCGACCUCGUGUCGCGGCACGGCAUGAUCCUCGGCGUCGGGUGCUCAUCCAGGGACAACAGCGCCCGGGGGGGAUCCGAGUACUUUCGCAGGAUGCAAGGCGACAAGGGGAAGCUCGACGCCGUCGCGCUCGUGGAGCAGCUCCACAAGAAGGGCCUCACGAGGAUUGACUCCGGUAAAACUCUCGCCUUCGACUAG